UCCCCAGAGGGGGCGCGUCCUUGCAGAGCCCCCAGCCCUUUGUAUUGCAGGAAAGGAAAUCGGAAUAGAAUAGCGAGCGAUGGAAGCGGAGGGCCGGAGAGGACAAAGAGGACUUCCUACCACCUUCGCCCUCCAAAGCAGACAAUGGAGAAGGCAGUCAGAACUCUCUAGGGCCAUGUUCAAUGGAAAUAACGAAGAAACCAUUUAAAUACAUACAUUGUGAAAAGAAAAAGGAGAAACAAUUCGAAAGUAUGGAGUUUGAAAAGAGCUUCAGUGACAGUGGAACCAUAAGAAAACAUCAACAGACUCACACUGAGGAGACAACAUUUAAAUGUGCAGAAUGUGGAAAGAGCUUCAGUCAGAAUGGACACCUUAGAAUUCAUCAACGGACUCACACAGGGGAGAAACCAUUUAAAUGUAUGGAGUGUGGAAAGAGCUUCAUUCACAGUGGACACCUUAGAAUUCAUCAACGAAUUCACACGGGGGAGAAACCAUUCAAAUGUGCGGAAUGUGGAAAGAGCUUUAGUCAGAAUGGACACCUUAGAAUUCAUCAACGGACUCACACAGGGGAGAAACCAUUUAAAUGUAUGGAGUGUGGAAAGAGCUUCAUUCAGAAUGGACACCUUAGAAUUCAUCAACGGACUCACACGGGGGACAAACCAUUUAAAUGUAUGGAAUGUGGAAAGAGCUUCAUUCGGAGUGGACACCUUAGAAUUCAUCAACGGAGUCACACGGAGGAGAAGCCAUUUCAAUGCAUGGAGUGUGGAAAGUGCUUCACUGAAAGAGGAAACCUUAGAAUUCAUCAACGGACUCACACGGCAGAGAAACCAUUUCAAUGCAUGGAGUGUGGAAAGAGCUUCAGUCAGAGUGGAAACCUUAGAUUUCAUGAACGGACUCACACGGGGGAGAAAUCAUUUAAAUGUGCGGAAUGUGGAAAGAGCUUCAGUAAGAAUGGAUACCUUAGAAUUCAUCAACGGACUCACACAGGGGAGAAACCAUUUAAAUGUAUGGAGUGUGGAAAGAGCUUCAUUCACAGUGGACACCUUAGAAUUCAUCAACGGACUCACACGGGGGAGAAACCAUUUCAAUGCAUGGAGUGUGGAAAGUGCUUCACUGAGAGUGGACACCUUAGAAUUCAUGAACGGACUCACACGGGGGAGAAACCAUUUAAAUGCAUGGAGUGUGGAAAGUGUUUCACUGAGAGUGGACACCUUAGAAUUCAUCAACGGACUCACACGGGGGAGAAACCAUUUCAAUGCAUGGAGUGUGGAAAGUGUUUCACUGAGAGUGGACACCUUAGAAUUCAUCAACGGACUCACACGGGGGAGAAACCAUUUAAAUGCAUAAAGUGUGGAAAGUGCUUCAGUCUGAGUGGAAACCUUAGAAUUCAUCAACGGACUCACACGGGGGAGAAACCAUUUAAAUGCAUGGUGUGUGGAAAGUGCUUCACUGAGAGUGGACACCUUAGAAUUCAUGAACGGACUCACACGGGGGAGAAAUCGUUUAAAUGUGCGGAAUGUGGAAAGAGCUUCAGUAAGAAUGGAUACCUUAGAAUUCAUCAACGGACUCACACAGGGGAGAAACCAUUUAAAUGCAUGGAGUGUGGAAAGAGCUUCAUUCACAGUGGACACCUUAGAAUUCAUCAACGGAGUCACAUGGGGGAGAAACCAUUUCAAUGCAUGGAGUGUGGAAAGUGCUUCACUGAAAGUGGAAGCCUUAGAAUUCAUCAACGGACUCACACGGGGGAGAAACCAUUUCAAUGCAUGGAGUGUGGAAAGAGGUUCAGUCAGAAUGGAAACCUUAGAAUUCAUCAACGGAGUCACACGGGGGAGAAACCAUUCAAAUGUGUGGAAUGUGGAAAGAGCUUCAGUCAGAAUGGACACCUUAGAAUUCAUCAACGGACUCACACAGGGGAGAAACCAUUUCAAUGCAUGGAGUGUGGAAAGUGCUUCACUGAGAGUGGAUACCUUAGAAUUCAUCAACGGACUCACACGGGGGAGAAACCAUUUCAAUGCAUGGUGUGUGGAAAGUGCUUCACUGAGAGUGGACACCUUAGAAUUCAUGAACGGACUCACACGGGGGAGAAAUCAUUUAAAUGUGCGGAAUGUGGAAAGAGCUUCAGUAAGAAUGGAUACCUUAGAAUUCAUCAACGGACUCACACAGGGGAGAAACCAUUUAAAUGCAUGGAGUGUGGAAAGAGCUUCAUUGACAGUGGACACCUUAGAAUUCAUCAACGGAGUCACAUGGGGGAGAAACCAUUUCAAUGCAUGGAGUGUGGAAAGUGCUUCACUGAAAGUGGAAGCCUUAGAAGUCAUCAACGGACUCACACGGGGGAGAAACCAUUUCAAUGCAUGGAGUGUGGAAAGAGGUUCAGUCAGAAUGGAAACCUUAGAAUUCAUCAACGGAGUCACACGGGGGAGAAACCAUUCAAAUGUGUGGAAUGUGGAAAGAGCUUCAGUCAGAAUGGACACCUUAGAAUUCAUCAACGGACUCACACAGGGGAGAAACCAUUUAAAUGCAUGGAGUGUGGAAAGAGCUUCAGUCACAGUGGAAACCAUAGAAUUCAUCAACGGACUCACACGGGGGAGAAACCAUUUCAAUGCAUGGAGUGUGGAAAGUGCUUCACUGAGAGUGGACACCUUAGAAUUCAUGAACGGACUCACACGGGGGAGAAACCAUUUAAAUGCAUGGAGUGUGGAAAGUGUUUCACUGAGAGUGGACACCUUAGAAUUCAUCAACGGACUCACACGGGGGAGAAACCAUUUCAAUGCAUGGAGUGUGGAAAGUGCUUCACUGAGAGUGGAAACCUUAGAAUUCAUCAACGGACUCACACAGGGGAGAAACCAUUUAAAUGCAUAGAGUGUGGAAAGUGCUUCACUGAGAGUGGACACCUUAGAAUUCAUGAACGGACUCACACGGGGGAGAAAUCAUUUAAAUGUGCGGAAUGUGGAAAGAGCUUCAGUAAGAAUGGAUACCUUAGAAUUCAUCAACGGACUCACACAGGGGAGAAACCAUUUCAAUGCAUGGAGUGUGGAAAGAGGUUCAGUCAGAAUGGAAACCUUAGAAUUCAUCAACGGAGUCACACGGGGGAGAAACCAUUCAAAUGUGUGGAAUGUGGAAAGAGCUUCAGUCAGAAUGGACACCUUAGAAUUCAUCAACGGACUCACACAGGGGAGAAACCAUUUAAAUGUAUGGAGUGUGGAAAGAGCUUCAGUCACAGUGGAAGCCUUAAAAUUCAUCGACGGACUCACACGGGGGAUAAACCAUUUCAAUGCAUGGAGUGUGGAAAGAGCUUCACUGAGGCUGGAAAACUUAGAAUUCAUCAACACACCCAUAUGGGGGAGAAACCAUAUAAGUGCUAGGGCAGUGGAUAGCGGUUCAGUUGUAGUGGAAGUGUUUGAAGCCAUCAAAAGUCUCGGAGUGUUAAGAGCUGUAAGAGUGGAAAAUACAAGCCAUCAAGUAAGUAAAAGAAGAGAAACUGUUUAAAUAGAAGGUUUGUGAAGAAAAUGCGUCCAAAAAAUAUUUCGGAAUGUCUUUAUAGAGGAUAAUUGGUUGAUUCUGUACCACCAGAUUCUUCUUAUAAUGCAGGCCUAGUAUCUGGUCUCUUUGAUCUCUAUUUUGAAAACCCACCAUACUGUCAUUCACCACCUUAGAGCCUUUUUUCCCCUUCUCCUUUUUUUCCAAAUCUGUAGGCCUUCACUAUUGUAGCAGAUAAGCUGUCUUCAUCUAAGUCCCCAAAGGUGGCAAACUCUUUCACUAUAUAGUCUUUCAAGUUUUCUUGCUCUAAUUCCGGUAGGUCUCUCACUCUCAAAUUCUGUUCUCUCUCCUUCAGCUGUAAUGUUGCAAUCGCAAUCUCAGCUGCUUCCUGUUGUUUUUCUAAAUUUUUAAUUUUCCCCUCUUCCAAAGACUCCAAUCUUUGGUCAACUCCUGCCACCUACUGUUUAAUCUUCUUUUAAUACAGCUACGUCUUUCCCAAUUUUCUUUAUACCUUGUGUAUUUUGCUUAAUGAAUUCAGUAUUUUCCUUUUCAUCUUUUCCCAGCUCUUUAAUAUCAUUUGAAAGUGUUUGCACACUUGACUUCAAACUAUCUGACAGACUCGCAAUUGCUGCCAGUAUCUGCUCUUCUUCUUUCAUAGAGCCCUUUCUUUCUUGCUGUUUGUUCCUAGUGACAAUUUGUCCUACUGGUGUGCCAGCAUCCAUUACGACAUUUGGCGCAGCCUUGAGAACAAAAUCAAUAAGUCUAUAACGAGUCUGGGAACUCUCCUCUGAUUCAAGGUCAAACAAUAGAGUCUAUCUCUUCCCAGCAAUCUUUUCCCCAACUCCCAAGACAAGCCUCAAAGUUUUCAGAGUUUCCUUUCUUUUCGGACAGUUAUAGCCAAGACAGAGGACUUGAGUCAAAAGAAGCAAAAGAGUCUAAAGCACUUCUCCAGUCAUUGCAUAGGUUUACCUUGUUGCAGAUAAAGUUAAUUCAAAGUCACUUUAAUAAUAUCCAGGCAUGCACCACAGCUUCAAAGUAUCCAGUUCAGAAAUGAAAGUAACAAGUCUUUUGAUCUUAACAAUGGCUGCCCGCUGACUGACCCGGAAUCUUUAAUCCAGAGGGUGAGCGGCGCCUUUUAAGCAAUUAAUUUGUAAAUCCACAGGGAUAGAAAACACUC